AUAAGUAUUUGCCAGACAUCUCUGUUGGGAACUAUGUUACACCUUUUAUUAAAUCUGCCGUUUAUUUUCUACGUGCACAGCUUCAUCGCACGGUUUCUUGGCCUUCAAUGUUUUCCAAGGUUUCCCGGGCGUGCCCCAUCGGAGCCCUGUCACUGGCGCUGCGGGCCGCUGACGAAGAGACGACGUGGUGGCGCGGCACCUACCCGGCCGCCACGGGAGUGGCGCUGCACGCUGUUUUGGUGGCCGCUAUGGUGAGCGCCGCUGCAUCGCGCCACGACCUGCAACGCUUGCUUGCCGCGUUGUCGUGGCCGCUGUGCGUCGCAGCUGUGGCCGGGUCCAGCUGGCAUGCGCUACCCGCCGCACUGUGCGCACUACAGCAGCAGCGCGAGGAGCCCGUCACCGCCGCUUUGGUAGUGGUUCGCUGCGGUAGCGCACUGUGCAACAUGCUACUACUGACCCCCACCGUGCUCCAAGACCGGGGACUCACGCAGGGCCUGCUGCUAGCGGCAGCCAACUCCUUGUUCACCGUUGGCCGGGGAGACGGGCCGCUACUGUACUUGUCCGGCCUGCCACCGCUGCCCGGCGCCGUGUAACACCACUUGAAUAGCUAACCUAAAAUAAUCUUGUCUAAUUGAACCUAAUGUAGAAACCUAAUCUAACUUAACAUAACCUCGCCUAACCUGACUCAUAGUAACCUAACCUAACUAAAAUGUGAUGUUGGGCUCAUUAGUUUAUUACGGUAACAUAAGCUCGUAGUGAAAAUAACCUCGUCGUAACCAAACCUUGCAGUAACACCUCAUCGUAACAUAACCUCGACGAACCUGGCCUCGUCGUAACAUAUACCUAACCUCGUGGUAACAUAAACUUGUCGGAACUAUCUCAGCAUAAGUUAACCUCAUCGAACCCUUGCCUUAACAUCACACAUCACCCAAUUAAAAGCGUGAUGUUACACUGUUAAUCUAACCUCACUACAACGUGAUGUUGGGCUCGUUUAUUAGGGGUAACCUAACCUCGGAGUGAAAAUAACCUCGUAGUAACGCAGCCUCAUCGUAACAUAACCUCGACGAACCUGGCCUCGUCGUAACAUAUACCUAACCUCGUGGUAACAUAAACUUGUCGGAACUAUCUCAGUAUAACCUAACCUCAUCGAACCCUUGUCUUAACAUCACACAUCA